CACCUCUUCUUCUUCUUCUUCUUUCACAACUAUCCAUCAUUAUUAUCUCCAGCUCCCCUAUCAUCGCCAACAUGCCUAUCAAGUUGAACGCCGUCUUUCUCAUUCACCUUCUCGUCAUACUCUUCUCCAUCUUCGCCUUCAUCCUCGCAGUAAUUGCCUGGACCCGCACAACAACCUUCCACCUCCCCCUCCCCUUCGCCCUCCCAAUCCUCACCACCCUCCUCGUCCCCUUCACCCUCAUCAACUUCCUCCUCACCACUCUCCUCACCAAGCCCGCCUCCACAUCUACAUUCAUGCACGUACGCACCCUCUUCAACACCCUCCACACCAUCCUCUCAACCCUCCUCUUCUCCAUCGCCAUCCUCUACCUCUCCCGCUCCAACCCCAUUAAUGCCUGCACCCUCGACCAAACCUGGCAGGCCUUCUUCCACGCCCGCGACGCCCCCGCCAUCCGCGCCAUCCAGGACCGUCUCCAGUGUUGUGGUUUACGCAGUCUCCAUGACCGCGCCUGGCCGUUCAAGAACCGCGAUCACGGCGAUGAUGCCUGCGCCUUGCAGAUGGGGUAUACUCGGUCGUGUCUCGGGCCGUGGCGGGCGGAAGAGGCGGGGGUUCUGUGGUUGAUUGUCGGGGUUGUCGUUGUUACGGGGAGUUUGAAGAUUGCGUUCUGGGUGCUUAGAGGCAGAGGGAUGGAAGCCGGCUGGAUUGUGAAGGCUGACGGUGCUGGGGGCGAUGCUCGUCGCAGACGGGAGUAUCAGCGAAUCUUAGAUCGGGAGGUCGAGGAGGGUGGUGAGGAUGGGUCUGGGGUGGAGGAUCGAGACCACAGAGCGGAUGAACGUGAUGCUGCUGCGAGACUCCUGCCGCAUUCGGAGUCGGGGUAUGAAUGGAGGCAGGAGUGAUGUGGACUUAGGUCUGGAUUAUGCGGAUGAGUUGGAAGAUAGGAUCUGAGGAUUGGAUGGGAGUUUCACUUCGUACUGAUGCUAGGCAAGGGUUCCAGGAUUUCACAGCCGAUACAUCUGGAUGUUUUUUUGGGAAUUAGUGGUGAUAUGGGCUUUUGCUCGCUAAAAUGAUAUGCUAUGUACAGUGUGCAGCUGCCUGCGUGGUCUGGUAGCAUGGCUGCUUGUGCCUGCACAGGCACGCUACACGGACGCUCGAUAUGUAGA